AUGGGGGAGAAAGUUUCGGAGGUGCUGGAGCCAGUGCUCCGCGGCUGCAGCGGCCACAGUGCCCGGACUCUCGCCCCUGCGGCGGCUGCCGCGUCCUCGCCGGGAGCUUCCUCUGCCGAGUCCUCAUCGGGCUCAGAAACUCUGUCGGAGGAAGGGGAGCCCAGCUUCUCUCGCGAGCACCCGCCGCCGCCGCCGCCGGGCGGCGCUCGGCCGCCCGCCGCGUGGGCUCCCGCGCGCUUGGUGCCAGAGCGUGGAGUCCCCGCGCCGCCGCCUCAGCCGCCGCUGCCCGGAGGAACCGCGCCCCCCGCGCCCCGGGGCAGCAGCGCGUCCCAGGAAGAGCAGGAUGAGGAGCUUGACCACAUACUAUCCCCUCCGCCCAUGCCAUUUCGGAAAUGCAGCAACCCAGACGUGGCUUCCGGCCCUGGAAAGUCGCUGAAGUUUAAAAGACAGCUGAGUGAGGAUGGAAGACAGCUGCGGCGGGGAAGCCUGGGGGGUGCUCUGACUGGGAGGUACCUCCUUCCAAACCCGGUGGCGGGGCAGGCCUGGGCAACCUCUGCAGAGACGUCCAACCUCGUGCGCAUGCGCAGCCAGGUCCUGGGCCAGUCGGCGCCCUUGCUCACGGCCAGCCUGGUGAGUGUCCUCGGACUCCGUCUGCGGCCAGAAUGUGACAUUGGUGAUGUCGUGUCCCUUCAGGUCAUGCCAUGGGCAGGUGCAUGA